UCGGAUUUGAGAAUAUUCACAAUUUCAAGAUUUUACUCUUUCUUCUGUUCCUGGUCAUUUAUUUUAUGACAUUAUCUGCAAAUUUAAUGGUGAUCUCGAUGGUAUCCAUGUUUAGAUACAUUGACUCUCCCAUGUACUUCUUCCUCGGCCAUCUGUCUUUCAAUGACAUGAUUAUCGCCACAAACAUUGUUCCUGAAAUGCUUUAUAUUAUAUUAAAAGAAGGAAGUACCAUAUCCUUUGCUGGCUGCUUCACUCAAAUUUACUUCUUUUCCCAAUCAGUCGUUACUGAGUGCCUGCUUCUCACUGUAAUGUCCUACGAUCGAUAUUUGGCCAUCUGUAACCCACUGAGAUAUUCCUCUGUCAUGGACUUGAAGCUUUGUGGUUCUCUGGUAGCUUUAUCUUGGGGAUUUGGACUACUAGUUGCAUUACCACAUAUUAUAAUUUUAAGCCAAAUGACAUUUUGUGGGUUAAAAGUUGUUCACCAUUUUUUCUGUGAUAUGAUACCAGUUCUUAAAUUGUCUUGCACAGGUUCAUUAGUUAAUGAAAUAUUAACCAUGGUAUUGUCUGUUCCAGUCAUAUUUGUCCCAAUAAUUUUUAUCAAGGUGACAUAUAUCAACAUCUUUCUUGUGAUUAUACGGAUCUCUACCACCACCGGAAAACAGAAAGCCUUCUCUACCUGCAGCUCCCACCUGACCGUUGUAUGUCUAUAUUACGGGACAUUAGUAUUUAAUUAUUUGUUUCCAUCUAAAGGUGAAUAUUUGGGUACCCAAAAACUGAUUUCUGUGCUUUAUUCUAUCGCGACCCCUUUAUUAAACCCCAUUAUAUACAGUCUGAGAAAUGAGCAAUUUAAAGGAGUAAUAAUUCAAUUCAUUUUUAAUAAAAAGAUUUUGAAAAAUAAUCUGUUUUGACUGCAAAUAACAUAAUGUAUUUAAGCAUUUCAAUUACAAGGUUACAUUACUGUCCCCAGCUGUCAUUUUACUGUACAUAUAGAUUAUUUAUUACUUAUAUGUACGAUGGUGAAAUCAAUAAAUUCCUACUAGUGGCCUAUUUCUUGAGCUGCUACUUAAAAUCAGUUCAUGUCAUGUCUAAUUUUCAAUUCAAAUAAAUGUUCAAAAUACUCAUUAUUUAAUUAUAAUCUCUUAUAUAGUUUCUGAAAAUGUUCCCCAAUCUUUACUCUUUGGCCCCCAAAUCAUAGGUUUGCCAAUUAACUCCUUAAGGACGUCGGGCCUGCUAUGCCUUCAUUGGGGACCCGGCUCUAAACGCCGAGGGAGGGUGGGGCGGCAUAGCACAUUCCCGCCAUUCUAUGUACUUACCUGGGAGCCCAGGGAGUCCCCCUCCUUCCACUUCAGCCCCCAUGAGAUAUGUUAUUACGAGGUCCUUGCAAGGUACUUGCGAGGACCUCGCGAUCACAUGGACGGCAUAGCCAGCAGGGGGAGUGCCUGUAAUGACAGGUACUCCCCUUGCUGCCUGAAAAAAUAAAAAUAAAUUGUUUAAAACAGUGUAAAAUUAAAUUAUAUAUACUUAGAUCAUAUAUAUGUUUAUUAUAUUAUAUAUAUAAAUGAUCUAAGUAUAUAUAUGCACAUAUACACAAAUACACAUAAAUAUACAUACACUGUCUAAGUGUAUUUUAAUAUUAAUAUAUAUAUAAUUUAUAUAUAUUUGUGUUCGGGGCAUUCUCAUAUGAUAUAGAAUAAGAUGGGUUGUAGAGAUGUAGCUUUAGGAAUAAUCAGUUGAUGUGUGCUGAAACUGAUGUAUGCUGUAGGCCGGUAAAAAGUCGGCUUACAUGGAGGAAAUUUGAACAAUGGGAGUGGAGGGUGGGGCUAUUCGUCUGACCAACAAAGGUAAGUAGGGAAAGGGGGGGAGUCCCUUUUAUAGGUCUAUAACCGCUCCCACAUCUUCAGGCCAUGCCUUCCAAUUUGUGUUCGGGGCAUUCUCAUGAUAUAGAAUAAGAGGGGUUGUAGAGAUGUAGCUUUAGGAAUAAUCAGUUGAGGUGUGCCGAAACUGAUAUAUGCUGUAGGCCGGUAAAAAGUGUGCAAAAAGAGACAUAUUAAUACAAAACAUUUUACAGGAUCAUA